AUUUAACAAAGUUCAGAGCAUAUCAAUUUGCUAUAAUUGCAACAAACAUUUUUUUCAAACGAAUUCAAAACCACUUUUUUUGCUAUUUAUUGUUACGUUUCGGUUACGCUUAAUUAUCACUUUCGAAAUUUGAACUGUUCGCAUUCGUUUACUCUUUAAGAACAGUUUCUUUCGUUUGUCAAAUGUCAGAUAAAGAAGUUGUUGUUAUUGGUGUAUUAACAGUCUGUGAUAUUUGCUUCGAACAAACCAAAUCCGUGUGCUGAAUUAGAAAGGCAUUUUAUUAUAAAACCAAAAUGUUUUCGGUGUCUCAGACAUUCCUCUGUAAUUGGCUGUUUUUGCUAGUAUUGUGGACAAGUCAAGGAUAUUCCGAUGAUGCGGUUGCUCCACCGAUCGUAUUGUGGCACGGGAUGGGCGAUACCUGCUGUUUUCCGUUCAGCCUUGGCUCGGUCACGAAAAUGCUAAAAUCCAAAAUUGGCGAAUCACUCUACGUAAAAUCGGUGCGAAUCGGCGAGUCUAUUAUAACGGACUACGAGAGUGGAUUCUUUGUUCAUCCUAAUAAGCAGGUGGAGGAAGUUUGCAAACAAUUAUCCAAUGAUUCAAAGCUGCAAAACGGCUACAAUGCUAUUGGAUUCUCACAAGGAGGUCAAUUCUUACGUGCCAUAGCCCAAAGAUGUCCCCAUCCACCAAUGCUGAAUUUAAUAACACUUGGCGGUCAGCACCAAGGCGUUUUCGGUCUACCAAAUUGUCCGUCAUUGAGCCAUAGAUCCUGUGAGUCGUUCCGAAAGAUGUUGAACAUAGCCGCCUACACAGAGUGGAUGCAAAACUUUUUGGUUCAAGCUACUUACUGGCAUGAUCCACUCAAUGAAGAAAAGUAUGCGCAGCAGAGUUCUUUUCUGGCCGAUAUAAACAACGAAAAGUCGAUCAAUCAGACCUACAUCGAUAAUCUGAUGAAGUUGAAUAGUUUCGUUAUGGUCAAGUUCACUGAAGACACUAUCGUUCAGCCGCUACAAUCUCAAUGGUUUGAAUUCUAUGCUCCGAAUCAAGACAAAAUAAUUUUACCAUUAAACGAAAGUGCUAUUUUCACUGAGGACAAAUUGGGUCUGAAAGCAAUGAUGGCAGCGAACAAACUAAUAUUUUUAGAGUCGAAGGGAAAUCAUCUACAGUUUACCGAAGAAUGGUUCACAAAAAAUAUAAUUCCAAUACUGCAGCCAUAGGUCAUUUUUCUCACCGAUUGAGUGAUUAGAAAAUUGCCACAACAGUUACCAUUACUUUAAGUGACUCUGAGAUAUAACUCGCUAAUGUUAGGAUUAUUGAAUGAGCCGUGGAUGCUGCAGUUUGAUUUACAAUUAAAGAUUUAAAAAUUUAUUUUU